UAAUAAUAAUAAUAAUAAUAAUAAUAAUUUAACUGAUGAUUUACAAAGAGGAUCAAUAAAUGGAAUUUCAACAAAAGGUGAUGAUACACAAAGUGAAAAUACAAUAAAAAGUAAUGAAGAAGGUUUAUUUGUUAAACGUCUUCGAAAUCUUUUUCCAGCAAUUGAAAUUAAAGUUGAACAUGGUCGAAUAUCAGCUGGACAUGAUACAUUACCUUAUGGUUUAUUAAUUCGUUUUAGUACAAUGACAAGUACAUUUACAAGUAUAUCACCAUCAAGAAAUCUUUCACAAAUUGAUUUAAUGACACUUAUUUAUAAUUUAAAAUAUCGAAAUCUUCGUAUUCAAUUAUAUCCAAUUCGAGUUUAUAAUGGUGAAACGCGAGAAAUACCACCACCUAUCCCAACAUCAAAGCCAGCUGAUAGUGGUAUAUUUCAAGUAUUUGAAUGUCUUGAUGGUGAAAUUGAAUAUGAACAAGAUGUACCAGGUAAAAUGAUUGAACAAUUAGAUAAUAGUGAACCAUUACCUGAUUUAACAUGGGAAUUUCGUGUUAAAUGUCAUAAAGAUGCUAAAAUAGCAUAUGGACCAUGGGCUGAUAGACAAAGAGAAGCAUUAUGGCAAUAUUUUUUUCCAACAUUAUUUGAAGAUUGUCCUGUAACACCUGAACCAUCCGUAGGACAAACACGAAUAUUUAAAAAUGUACGUUUUAAAUUAUGGCUUUAUUGUCCAACUAUAAUAGAUAUUUAUUUUAUGUCUAAAAUGAAACUUCAUCAAAUACAUGCUGAAUUACCAAAUCAAGGUUCAUAUUUUGAUGCAACAUUUCCAUUUUCAACAAAUCCAGAUGGUUUUGAUACAAAUAUAUCUAUAAAUAUUAAACAACCAAUUAUUCGUACUAAUCUUCAAUUUACACAAUUAUUUAAAGCUGAUGAAAUCGAUAUCAAUCUUCAUAUACAUUAUCCUCGUUUAUGGAAUUCUAUUCAAAUAUGGACUCUUGGUAUUAUCACAAAAAAACCUCAAGUUUAUUUUGUAUUUGAACAUAAAUGUUUUUUUCAAUCUUUAAUCAAUGAUUGGUCUUCACCUGUACCACCUGAUAUUUAUUCAUUUGCACCAUUUAUUUAUGAUAUAAGUUUACAAGGUAAUCAUGUAGAAUUUUUAAUACCAUGCAAUCAAGGAAAUUGGAUUGAUUGUCCAAAUGAAAAUAAUCGACAAAAACAACAACAACAACAACAGCAACAACCAGCGGAAAAUAAUUUUAUCUCAAUUUGUGCGAAAUCAGUUUCAUUGACAUAUCCAUUACCAUUUUUGGAAUUUUGUCCAAAAGUUACACCAAUGGAUAUAACAAUUGAUGUUCAAGAUCUUCUUGCUCGUCUUGUUAUACCAGAAAAUAAUCGAAUGUUUUAUAUUUUAGAAGGAGUUGAUUCUCAUAAACGUUUUUAUACACCAAAUGGAAUUAAAUCUCAAUUGACUUUGUCAGAUGAAUUUGAGAAACGGUAA